GCCCCCCGCUAUUUGCAGAAGCAACCCACUCAGUCUCGGUAAUCGUCAACACUUAGACGGUCAGACAGUCGUCAUCGCCGUCAGUUUUGGGGGUAUUCAGAAGCUAGCAACUCGUACAGUCAGACAGUCUCGGAUGAACGCCAGACGAUGAAGUCACUUGGGCGUUAUAUCGCAUUAAGUCGCACUGCAAAGUUUCAUUUGAUUUGAUUGUGGUUUCAAGUGUUCUGUUUGCGAUUCGGUUGCAGUCACAACAUCGUUGCCAUGGUGAAGAUAUUGCAGGCCUACAACUUUGCCAAGCAGCAGACAUAUGCUCUCAAUGGCGACAUCCUGGCAGCCACCUUGAUUGGCAACAAUCGCAUUGCCAUCAGCAGCGCCGAGCAGUUCAUUGAGAUCUAUGACAUAGCUGGGAAACAACAGUCUUUAUCAGAACCGCAGGAGUAUGUGCCGCAGGAGGAGCAAUCAGCUGCUGUGGCUGCGGGCGAUGCAGCUGCUCCACCGCAAGCGAUUGAUGAGCGCAUGCCAGCCAGGUACACGCUGGCCACGGUGGGUGAGGUGGUGCAACUGAUAUACUGUGAAGCGGGAAAAUAUCUGCUUACACUCGAAAGGGAACAGGCUGGCAGUCCGGUUCACUCGAAUAGCACCAGCAUCAGCUGCACGUCGAGCAGCAAUAGCAACACUGUUUGCUCUGAGGAUGAUACCAAGAUGUUUGUGCGCGUCUAUGCCAACUUUUGGAAGUUUCCCGAUGCGAAGCUUAACGAGCUGCCCAUUACAAUACGGAUUGCCUCGAUGACAACGCCAAAGACGCCGCUGGUGGAGAGUAUUGAUGUGAUUGAGCUGCCACUGCGCAGUCCACCUGAGCUAGUUCAGUGCUGUCAGACGUCGGGAAACAUCAUCGUGAGCAGCAGAGAUCGCAUCUAUCUCUAUGAGUACACACAGUGUGUGCAUGAGAACACACAGCCGAGGUUCUCCUUCAUUGACUUUCUGCCCUUCAAGUUCUUUGUCCAGUUGAAUUUUGUGCCAUUGCGUCUAUGUCUGGCCGAGAAUGUCAUUGCCUGUUUGAGUCAUCGCUAUUGUGUGGCCUUCAAAGUGGUAGAUGCACUGGCCAACAAACCCACGGCGACAGCUCAUGACUUGAGCUGCCUGGAUAACGAUUAUGCUGGCGAUGAGCCUCUGUCGGAGUCCCUCAGCUUGGGCAGUAAAGCGAGUGCAGCGGGUGUGAGCAGCACGCACAGUCAGCAAAGCUGUGACAGCGACUCCCUGCAAUCCUCCAGCAGCGCCAAGCCGGUGUUGGUCAACGGUCCAGGUUUAGCUGGACGUACGCCAUUGGAUUUCAAUGUGGCAAGACUAGUGAAUAACGCCUAUGGGCGUGAAUUUGAGCCCGACCUACGUUCUCAGUGGGAUCAGUGUGAAAAUGGCAGCAGUCGAUUUGGCGGACAGGAGGACAAUAGUCAAGAGAUAACCAUAACGCCACAACGAGCAGCAGACAUCAAAAUUAAACUGAUCAACGAGGCGAAGGCUAUGAAUGUGAGAGGCAUAUCAGCUGGAGGAAGCAUUGCUUUGGAAGAUGCCUCCGUGCAGUAUGACGUGCGUAAACUGCUUCAAAUCUGCAUGAAAUCAUCAGAGCCGCAGUCGCGAGUCUUGGAUAUACUGCGUUGCAUGGACUUGAAGGCCAUUUAUCAGCGCAACAGCGAGCAGCAGUCCGAGGAGGAUGAUGAGUACGAUAUGGGAAAUCAGCAGGUGCCCAGCGCAGUGACCACAUUCAAGCAUGCGAAUCGCCGCACUCUCAAAUCAUCGCAGCAUCAGCGCUGUGUUGGCCAUGCUCUUCUUGUUGCCAGCAGUGUGGAUGGAUAUUUGUAUCAGUUCUGCGCACAAGGGAAGUGGUACAGUGAGAACGAAAAGCCAGUGGCCAGUUAUAGCUUCACAGCGCCCGUGCUGCAGGUGCAUCUCAAUGAUUAUGUCAUCUAUGCCGUCACCUCGGAGUCGGUAGAGACCCACACCUCACGUAUUGGCCAUAAGCUCUUUCAUAAUCGUUUUGAGUAUCCAAGCAUUGGCGGUUUGUUCCCGGAGGAGUCGUCGCCAGAUGUCAGCUCAGCUAUUGCCGUCAUCGGACUGGCUGCUUUCAUGCAUGUGCAGUUUGUCUGCGUUAAUCGGGAGCAGCUGGUGUUGAUCACAAAUGCAGCGCUCGAGCAGCACAAGCGUCGAAGCACGGGUGAGGUGGCUGUGGUGACAGUUAAACGCAAUAUUGCAGCCAGAUUACUGGCUGAGGCUAAGGCCAAGCACAGUAGUUUGCUGAGGAGUAGCAGCACGGCCGCUCAGUCCUCGGUGGUGAACGAGUGGACGCUAUACAGUCUGGAGGUGCCUAGGGUUGAGCACGUUAUUGAGGAUCUUGAGGGCAUUGCCGAAUCAUAUCGCAGUGCAAGCCACUCAAAUUUCUAUGAUCUAAUGGAAGAGGCACACGUCAUGUUAAGGUUGAGUCUUACACUCCAAGGUGAGCGUCUCAUUGCAGACAGGGAACAGGAGCUGCGCAAAAUGUUUAUGGCCAACUGCAGGAAAUUGGCGGACUUUUCAAUACGCUCUAAUAAGCAAGAAGUUUAUCUGCAAGCAACUGGUUUCUAUAAAAUGUGCCAGUUGCAAUUGGUUGAUAUUUUCAACAACUAUAUUGCACAGUUUGAGGACAGCAAAGAGGACGUGGAAACCGCCCAAUUGGUUGGUCUGAUCUAUACCGUAAAGCUUUUUCUGCUUGGACUAGGCACGGAACGCCAGAAGUCAUCGUUCUUGCAUCAGACAGUGACACCGUAUUUUACACCCGCCCGUGUCUUACAGCAGGGCUAUAGACAGGUGCCGCUCUCAUUGGAGUUUCUGAACAUGUUUGUCAAACAUGCACCAUCAGACAUACCGCAGAUAAUGCUUGGUUCGCCGGUUGUGGCGGAUUCCAUGAGUGGCGAGCUGAUCAACUAUCUGAAGUACUUGACAACGCUAACACCUGAUGAAAGUCUUUUAUUGGCUGUGACGGCUUGUCGCAUGUCUAAUUAUCUGCUGGCCCAGGAAAUUAUAGCCAAGUCAACGCGUCGUAGUUUGGCAAUGGCUUUAAUUAAGAAUAAAAACGUGCUCUUCGAUGACAGCACCGUGCUCUACAAACGACGACAGCAAACGGAGAACCAAACUCACUCCCAAAUGUCGUCUGCUCGCAAGCGUUCUCGUCGUGGAGUUACACAGUCAAAGAGUAAAGCAUCAGGCAGGUGCACAUCGACGCCAACACCCAGUGCCAUUGUUUCCUUUUCGGAUUUCUGUGAGACCAUUUUGCUGGCCAACGAACAACCCGCAUUGAUUGAGGCUAUAAGUGAUGCCUUCAUACACGCGCUAUGCAUUGAGCACAGUAUAACGCUAGAUGUGGUGCUGCAGCUGUUUCUUAACUACAUUGCCUCACACAUUGGACAGAAGGGCUAUCAGACAUCGCAAAAAGUCUUUGUCAGCAUAUUACAAGUCUAUUACUAUGAUCUCUACGAUGUCAGCUCAUCGCUGCAACCACAUGAAGUGCGCUCGCAAACGCCGCCUCAGCUGGAUGAUGACUACGAUGAGGAAUGCAGCAGUUCGCGUGCUCCUUCACUGCACAGCGAAGCGGAUGUCCAAUCCUUGUCUAGUUCAUGCGCCAGUUCUGCGCCGGAUGAGCGUUCAAUAAGUGGACGCCAACAGCGUAUUAUUUAUGAUCAGUUGCAGGAUCAACAAGGCGGAUCACCCUAUCAAAAGCGUAGCUCAAAUGCUUCGCUAUCUCAACCGCAACCAGAUGAUGAUUUGGCUGCCACUAAUCUGAAGGGCCUCAAAAUACUGUUUCGCAUGUAUAUGGGUCGCCUUAAGUCCCUCAGUGAUCUCAUAACCGAUCUGCAGUCGGCUGAUGUGGAGCAACAGAGUAGUCGAGAGGAUUUCCUAAAUCUGCGAAUGGAAUGCAUUGCUUAUAUGGCAGGAUUAGCGCCGAAUUACUGUACGAAGCCAAGUGUACGCAAUGCCAAUGAUCCUCUAUCAAACAAACUAAUAUUUGUGCCCUACAUUCCGGACUAUAAGCUAGCCGAGGGCGAAGAAUUUGAGCGGCAUAUCAAUGCAUAUGUUCGACCCAUUCCCUGCCUGCUCGAGCGACCUCAGUACUUGAAUCGUUUGCCGCCCUUUGAGCGCGGUGACUUUAGCUAUCCUAAAAAGGAUGAGGGCGAAUUCGAGGUGCGCUUUACAGGCUGGCACAAUGAAUUGUUGACUUUGACUCUCAAGAUUCAGAGUCUGUUGGCUUCCAGUAAAGUAGAUCGUGAAAUCAUUUCAGAGUUCUUGGCAUUUAUACAAAAAGCACCGCAUCUAAUGGGCAUUGAUAGCUUCUUAGUGAUAAUAUUGCCAAAGAACUUGGCAAUAAAUUAUAUGCUAAGCUUUUGUCCAGCUUACUUGUGGCAAUAUGGCAAGUCUUGCGGAUUCACCCCGAAACAUUGGGAGUCGUUACUGCGCAAGAUACUCAGCAAACAGGACACAUUGCCGAAUUGGAAAUCACAUAUUGCAGAGAUACUCAAUAAUCUGGUAACGGAGCUCAGCUUUGAAGAGUUGCUGCAAUGCUUUCCUAGCGAGGUCAUACAGAAUCGGAAUACAGCGCAAUAUUUUGCCAAGGAAUUUGCGGAAACUUGUGUACUGUACGAACACGAGCAAUUGGUUUUCAAGACACCUGAGCAUCCAGAGAACAGUAGGGAGCACUUACCGAUGGAUAACAUUGAUGAGGAUAAUGUUUUUGAGCUCACAUUACGGAAAGCUGUGGCUAAACAACGCAGCAUUGCAUUACGCUCCAUGAUUGAGUCGACGGGUACUCAGUUGUUUGAUGCAACCAGUAAUCCUAUGUAUAAUCUAUGAGUAACCUAGGUUUAGCCUCGAUUGUGUGGGGCAUUCCUCUUUUUAACUUGUUGAACAAUUAUCAGAUUGCGAAUUGAAAAGAUUGAUUGAUAUUACUUAGUGACAUAUUUACGAGUUUAGCGAAACCAUUAUAUUAUUAUCACUUUAUAUACAGCACUAUAUAUAUUUACAUAUUCAUAUAUGUAUGAAUCUAGUUAUUAUUGUAACCUUUCUAACUAAGCAGUGUUUACUGAUAUUUUUGUUUGACACAAACGCAACAUUAUGGUAAAAAUAGUAUUUGUUUUAGAUUAGAUUUACGAUGAUCUUACGUAGGUUGUAGGCACUCUAAUGCAGUAUUCACUAGUGGCACGCCAUAUUAAACCAGUUAAGGGCUGAACCAAUUGAAUUAUUUAUUGCAGAAUAAAUAUUUGUAUUCUAAUUUGUGACAUUUAUGUAUGUAUACCUAAGUUCAAAUUUAGCAAGCUUUAGUAAUCUUAAUAUUAUAUAUUUUAUUAUUAACAAAACAGUCUCUCUAUCUCAUAUACACAAACACACAUACACUCCAACAUUAAGUGAUAUUUUUUAAAAUCUUGCAUACCUUAUACCUUAACAAUAAAAGAAUACGAAUUGUAUGUUAAAA